UUAAUGACCGCCCAACUUGCUUCUGCUAUAUCUGCUCCUGAUUACUACAACUGUCAAAUGCAGCCAGGUCUUGUCAAACGUCAACGUGAAAUUUGUAGGCAACAUCCUUCUGCUAUGCGUGCAAUUAGUGAAGGCUUAAGAAAUGCUAUUGAUGAGUGUCAUGUUCAAUUCCAGAGGGUAAAAUUUAUUUUUAAUAUUCACAUAUUAUUAUAAG